GCGAACCGCCAUGCCCAGCUGGGUCAUAGACCGGUACGGCAGCAACGAGGUGCUGCGCUUCACCAGGGACAUGAUGUUCCCCAUCAUACACUUCCCCAACGAGGUCAUCAUUAAGGUUCACGCUGCGAGCCUGAACCCCAUCGACCUCAGCAUGAGAAGUGGUUAUGGUGCGACCGCGUUAAAUAUGAAGCGGGAUCCCCUGAAACUCAAAACCGGCGUGACUGAAUUUCCUAUGACACUUGGUCGAGAUGUCUCUGGUGUUGUUAUGGAAUGUGGACUGGGUGUGUCUUAUUUCAAACCUGGAGAUGAGGUGUGGGCAGCAAUUCCCCCGUGGAAACAAGGCACUCUGUCAGAGUUUGUGGUAGCUAGUGGAAAUGAGGUCUCUUUUAAGCCAAAGUGUCUCAGUCACACAGAAGCUGCUGCCUUACCAUAUGUUGGUCUCACUGCGUGGUCUGCACUUAACCAAGUGGGAGGACUGAACCAAAGUAAUUGUAGUGGGAAAAGAAUAUUAAUAUUAGGAGCUUCAGGAGGAGUUGGUACAUUUGCUGUACAGCUAAUGAAGGCCUGGGAUGCUCACGUGACAGCAGUUUGCUCUCAUGAUGCCAGCACACUGGUGAAAAAGCUUGGAGCAGAUGAUGUGAUUGAUUAUAAAUCUGGGAAUCUGGAAGAGCAGCUUAAAACAUUACCCUUGUUUGAUUUUAUCCUGGAUAAUGUUGGUGGAUCCACUGAGAAGUGGGCACUUGAUCUCUUGAAGAAAUGGUCAGGAGCAACGUAUGUUACCUUAGUGACACCUUUCCUGAUCAAUAUGGACAAACUUGGAGUGGCUGAUGGAAUGUUGCAAACAGGAGUAACUGUUGGUUCCAAAACUCUAAAGCAUCUCCUUAAAGGCGUCCAUUAUCGAUGGGCAUUUUUCAUGCCAAGUGGCCCAAGUUUGGAUGAAAUAGCAGAACUGGUUGAUUCUGGAAAGAUUCAACCAGUUAUUGAUGAAGUCUUCUCAUUUUCUGAAGUUCCAAAGGCCUUUCUGAAAUUGGAAGGAGGACAUGCACGUGGAAAAACAGUGAUCAAUGUAAUUAGUAGACAAUAAAGUAUCUCUAAUCAUUAUUCUGCCUGCAGUCAGUCCUUCAGCAUGAGUUGUGCAGCUGUGGUGGUGCACAAGUCAUGUCAUGCAAUGCUUCCACCAGGGGACAGAAGUGGCAGCCGUGUGGAUGGUGACCCCGUGCACAAGUGCCCUGAACAAUAUAGAAGAAUCACCCAUUCCUCAGAGCCUGCAGCUAUCCCACACUGUGUAUUCACUCCUCAGGGGCUGGCUGUCGCAGAGGAAUUAUGGACCGAGAUGGGCACAAGAUGAAAACAAAACUAACCAUUUCACAUUUCUACCUUUAAAAAGAAUUUCAAUAAAAAGUUACCUAACUUAAAUUUAUUUGUAAAAUGCUAUAUUAUAUAUAGCAAUAGCACAUCAAUAUGACAAAGUACCACUAUUUGGAACCAGUAACAACAUAUUUUCUAUUAAGGACUAGAAGCAGCACACUUCAGAGCAACAAAACUUCAGUGCAUCUUUACAAAAAGAAGAAAAUUAGUAAGGCACUUCCUCUAGGGUGCUAAUAGUAAAAGCACCACUAUCCUUUGAUACAAUAGAAUAGUAAUGAAAAUGUUAAUUUUAAACAGACUUACUAUGCAAGACAAAGGCCUGGAUGUUCCUUGGAGCAGCUUGUAAUAACACUGGUCUAAGCCAGAACAAAACACAGCAGCAGAGUACCAGAGUUUGUAUUUUACCUUUUUGCCAACAUUAUUAAGGAAAACUAAGGAAAACAAAGCAGGGCAACAGAAGGACCUCCUGUAGUCAUCAGAACAUCCUACUUGUCCAAGCUUUUUACUGAACCGGUGACACUUACUUGGAAUGGGCACAGCCCUUGUGGCUGGGCACGUAUCCAGGCUUGGCAGCUGUGCCCCUUCCUAGAGGAGUCUGACACUUCUGUCCAAUGGGAGCCAGGAGCCCACCACAAACAUUGCUCUCCAGCAUCUCCAGAAAUACUGGGGAGUUGGGCAUUCUCCAUGGUAAGCCCAGCAGGCAGUGGCUGGAAAACUCAGUAGCCACAGUGCUUACAGGCUGGUGCAGUCAUCUUUAGUAAUACUUCCUCUAAGAAUUCUUGUUCCUAUACAAUUUUGGAGUUCAGUAAGACUCUACUUACUGAAACUGUUUUAAAAGGUACAAAUGUGUCUUGGCAAAGAAGAAAAAUACCCACAACUCAAGUAUUUAGGCAACCUAGAAAAUGGGCAAAUUCUUCACAUUCCAAUGCAUCCUUUUGCCAGCCCUCUCUUUUUCUAACAAAAUAUCUGCUACUUUACAUCCUCUAUACAUGAGAAAAUCUAGAUUUUUUCCUUAAUUUAGGACUUACUAUAUUAGCAUACUAACUAUACUUGAAGCCACAUGUUAAAAAAAAAAAUCUUUGGAUGUGCUGUAUUAGCAGUCUUCAAAUUUUCAGUAAACAUAAGUUUGUUCUAGUGAACCAAAUAUAUUAAUUUCCCAUAG